CUCUUUUCCUCCCUCCUCCGCGUAUUGUGCAGAAAAAACGCCGUUCCUCCUCAGUUUUUCCGCACGCGUUCCGACACUCUUGCAUCCUCCUUCUCCUUCGUCUUCAAUCGCAUUCUCUCCGUUCUCUCCGUCGUCGAUCGACCUCGCUCGCUCGCUCGCUCGCUCGGGAAGAAGAGCACAAUGCCGCACUGCCCCGUGGACGGCCGCAGCGCCACCGAAAUCUUCUACCGCACCUACGGCGGCGGCCCCGUCAAAGUCCUCCUCAUCAUAGGAUUGGCCGGGACGCACGAUUCCUGGGGCCCCCAGAUCAGAGGAUUGGCCGGCACCGACCGGCCCAACGACGGAGGAGCCGCCGGCGGUGGCGACGGGGUCGAGGUGUGCGCGUUCGACAACCGCGGCGCGGGCCGGAGCUCCGUGCACGCCGACAAGUCGGAGUACACGACAGAGAUUAUGGCGAAAGAUGCGAUUGCUUUGCUCGAUCACCUGGGUUGGGAAAGAGCCCAUGUCAUUGGCCAUUCAAUGGGAGGCAUGAUCGCUUGCAAGUUGGCUGCCAUGGUGCCCGACAGAGUUUUAUCUUUAGGAUUGCUUAAUGUGACUGGUGGAGGUUUCGAAUGUUUCCCGAAGAUUGACCGGCGAAACAUUUCAAUUGCAAUCCGCUUUCUUAGGGCUAAAACUCCAGAGCAAAGGGCUGCUGUUGAUUUGGAUAUCCACUACUCAAAGGAAUAUCUCGAGGAAUAUGUUGGAUCUAGCACCCGGAAGGCAGUGCUCCACCAAGAAUAUGUUAAAAGUAUUGCAACAACAGGACUGCAGUCCGACUAUGGCUUUCAGGGUCAGAUAAAUGCUUGCUGGAAUCAUAGAAUGACAAAAACAGAGAUAGAAUUAAUCCGUUCUGCCGGAUUUCCUGUAUCAAUCAUUCAUGGAAGGCAUGAUGUUGUUGCUCAAAUAUGUCACGCAAGAAAUCUGGCAGAGAAAUUAAAGCCUGUUGCUAGAAUGAUAGAGCUCGAUGGAGGGCACCUAGUGAGUCAUGAGAGGACAAAAGAGGUUAAUCAAGUUCUUCUCGAGCUCAUCAAGGUAUCGGAAAUGAAGGUUGUCCAGCAUGAUUGGACUGACUUGCCUAACAAAAGCUCUGGAUUGCCGGAGACAAGCAUGUCUAUUACAAGAACACAUGCAGAGGGAGAAUUACUUACGUGUCUUGUUAAUGGCGUUAUCGAAAGGCUAAAUUUUCUCCUGUGGCACUUUUUUGGUUGGUUAAUGAUGGGAUUUGAGUCUGGAAGAAAGGCAAUAGAAUUCCUAAAGCCCAUCAAGGUCCAAUCUGCCCUCACAUAUUCACUUAGCUAUUAAUGCGCAGGACCCUCUUUCUGCCUGAGUUUCCUUCACCAGAGUAGAGUGGCUCCUGUAACAUGGUCCUACUGAAAAUAGAAGAAUUUGACUAUGCAAUGAGACUGACAGAAUUGUCAAGCCCAUCCAGAGAGAAGCCAACUUUUAAGGCAGAUUUCUGUAGGAUAGGCAAAAAGGGAGACAAAUGUGAGAAUUGAACCCCUCCCUUUCAACACUGGAUUUGUAUUUCAUUGGAAACCUGUCCUCUUUUUUUUUUUUUUUUUUUUUUUUUUUUUUUUUUUUUUCUGUAAUGAACCGAUGCGGUUUCUUUAAUAUAUUCAAUGAAUUCUCUCUGUC